GACAGAAGCGGCAUCAACAUGAGCGUCCUCCCCGCCCGGAACUCACCUCUGGAGGGAAGUUCACCGUGUGGAUGGUAUGGACCAUGGAGGAACUGUGGGAAGGCAUAGCAUCACGUGCUGCAUCAGCAGAAGCCUCCUGUGUGCUUGUGCUUGUACGUCCAUGCAGGUAAAAGUGAUUGUGAAGUGUUCAGCAGCUGUCUGACUGUGCGUGCUCAGGUGUGAGGGUGACCAUGGCAGGUCUGGGGAACAGCAUGGUGGUGAAACGUGGGCUGACCUUUGCCACGGGCCUCCUGGAGUGUCUAUGUUUCGCCGGAGCGGUGUUUGGUUGGGCUUCGCUCGUGUUUGUCCUGAAGACAGAGGACUACUUCAGCUACUUGUGUGUCAACACCACAGGAGUCAAUGGAACAAAGGUCCUAGACUGCAGUGAACAGGAUGAACAAUUCUCACUGGUUUUCACCAUCGCCUCUUUUAUGAACAACUUCCUGACACUGCCCAAUGGCUUCCUUUUUGACCGCUUUGGUACCACAGUUGCCCGUCUUUUAGGAAUCUUUCUUUACACCAUGGGUACCAUGAUGGUUGCCUUCUCAGCUCCAGCUUUGUCCAACCUGCUCUUCCCGGCUCUCUCCCUCCUGGCAGUGGGCGGCAUGUUGUUUCUAAUCACCAACAUGCAGGUUGGAAACCUGUUUGGCUCACACCGCUCCACCAUCAUCACUCUCUACAACGGGGCCUUUGACUCCUCCUCAGCUCUCUUUCUCGUCAUAAAGUUGUUACAUGAAGCUGGCAUCUCUCUGCAAGCUUCCUUCCUCUUUCUGUCUGCCUGUGGCGUCAUUCACCUGCUCAGGACUUUCUUCCUGCUGCCAAGGAAGUCCAUUCCCUACCCGCUGCCUGAUCACUACACAUAUGGAAUAACUUGUGGGAAAUCAAAUAGCUCAGAGUCGCACACAGUGAAUGGUAUUGCACAGAGAACUAUAGAGGACGCACCAAUCAGCAAGGACAUCAAUAAGAAAGAAGAGAGGACUUUCCGUGAGUGUUGCUUGUCCAGGUUCUUUUUGUGGCACCUGGUCUGGUUGUCAGUGAUGCAGCUCAGACACUACCUCUUCAUCGGCACGCUCAACCCCAUGCUGCAGCGCCUGACAGCCGGGGAGCCUUCGCUUGUGAGCCAGUACAUCAAUGCAUUUGCUAUAACGCAGAUGUGUGGCGUCCUUUGUGCCCCCUGGAAUGGCCUCAUCAUGGACAGACACAAGGGCAAAGCUCCUGCUGCAGGAGAGACGGAGCAGGAGGCAGACCUGCGGGCUUCGGUACUUUCUCUCUUCCUGACAGCGCUGCAGUGUCUGCUGUUCUCCAUCUGCGCCUCCACCCCUUAUCUGCCAUUGCAGUACAUCACCUUUAUCCUGCAGGUGCUCAACCGCUCCUUCCUCUACGGUGGAAACGCAGCCUUCAUCAGUGUGGCUUUCCCAUCAUGCCACUUUGGGAAGCUGUAUGGUCUUGUCAUGGCUCUGUCUGCAGUGUUUUCUGUGCUGCAGUAUCCGUGCUUCGCUCUAGUCAAAGGAGCUCUGGGUGGAGACCCUUUAUAUGUCAACAUCGGCCUGACGCUGCUCAGCCUGCUCGCCUUCAUCCACCCUCUCUCCGUGUACCUGCACUGUCGCAGCCUGGCCUCACAGCGAGUCAAGACCAAGGUCAUCAAUUAAAGUGAGGCAGGUGACUAAUCACACCUAAAACUCACCUGUGACGCCGUUAUCUUCUCAUUCUCUUUGUUUGGUAGUGACUGAUGACUUUGUUGUGUCGCCUCAUGUCCACUCAGAAGGGGGCAUCUUGUGAAGUGAGCCAUUUGCAGCACAUUCACACUCUAGCAUUGGAAUCAGUAGAAAUUAUGUUCUUUGGUGCUGCCGUUGACUUUUCCUAACUUUAAAAUAGUGCUUUAUAUGAAAUCUGGCAAUUGACAUUGUUUACAGUUAGAUUCACCUGCUCUGACUCUAUUUCCAUGACUGUUAGAAAUGUAAUGUGCUACUUUACUGCAGUAUUAUGAUUUCACCUAUAUAUUUUUGUUGUAGUGUUCUGUAUGUUAUUAGCCAAGUAUAUCAUUUUUAUUUUGUCGUCAGAGUGCCAAGAGAUGAUGCACUUUAUUGUGAAGGCAUGUUCAUAGUGUGAAGCAAAUGUUUUUGUGUGAAGUUAGAAUCCAAAGUGUAAAUCCAGGCCUCCUGUGGGUUGAUGUGGGCUGAAACUUACAAGUUAAAAAAUGUAACUGAGUAAUACUGAGUCACAAAAUCCUGUAAGAGCUGAGAUCAUCUUUAAGAGAUUUUAGCAUCUGAUAGUCAACCUAAAAUCUAGAAGAAUCUCAGUGUUCUUUUUUGCUGUUUUGCAGAGAGGAUCAAUGAUAUUUGUCACUUUUUAAAAAAAAAUCUGCCAUGCAAUCAAGAUUUUUUAUGCAUCUUAUUUUUUGAUUAUUAACAAAAUGACAUUUAAUAAGCAGUAUAUUUAAGUGACACAUCUUGCAAAUAGCAGAUAAUAGCAGCUUUGCAUAACUUAAGUGAAUAAACACAUUACAUUGUGCUGUUGAACCUGAGCCAGAACUGUGGGGGGAAUAUUUUAAUUUUCUGCAAGACACCAUUUUUAAAAGCUGUAGAAUUAAGAUUAUAUUCAGUUUUAUAUAAACCUUUCUAUAUUUUUUCCCAUACAUUGCACAAAGAUGAGUUUAUUGAGCCUAGAAUUAAAACAAAAGUUAAUUUUUUUUCAUGCCCAUUAAGAAAUAUCAGAAUGUAAAUGUUCACAAAUAUGUGAUAAUAAUGUGAAACCUGUUGUGUAAAAUAUGUACAAAUUCAGGCACUUAAAAACAUGUUUCUCAACACAUACAUAAAAAGCUUUUAGUCACAUGUAAAGAUUUUUU